UCACUCUGCAGGUCCCUGCUCGGCCGGGCCCGGCACGAAGCAGAAGGGGAUGAGGCGAUGAGCGGGAGCUGCCACUGCGAGAGGAAUCACCGCGACGCGCCACCAGCUCAUGUCUCCUGUCCACUGCGCCGUCUCGCUCCCUCCCGCCCUCACCAAUGCCUCCGCUAGCAGCGCCGUCGACGGGGGGAAGAAAACGCACCCUACGGCGUCGCAGGUGAGGCGGCUGUGCAAGCAGGGCCGCCUCGACCGCGCGCGUCGGCUGCUGCUGGAAGCGCUGCCGCGCCCGCCGCCGACGCUGCUCUGCAACGUGCUCCUCAUCGCCUACGUGGCCCGCGCGCUCCCGGACCACGCGCUCCGCCUCUACGCGCUCCUCAACCACGCCGCGUACCCGCCGCCGCGCUCUGACCACUACACCUACUCCUCCGCGCUCACCGCCUGCGCCCGGACCGGGCGCCUCCGCCUCGGGAGGUCGAUCCACGCGCACCUCCUCCGCCGCGCUCGCUCUCUCCCCGACUCCGCGGUCCUCCGCAACUCCCUCCUCAACCUCUACGCCUCCUGCGUGCGGUACCGCGACGGCGGCGUCGACGUCGUCCGCAGGCAGUUCGACGCUAUGCCCAAGCGGAACUCUGUCUCGUGGAACACCCUGUUCGGUUGGUACGUCAAGACCGGGCGCCCCCACGAAGCCCUGGAGCUGUUCACGCGUAUGCUGGAGGAUGGCGUCAGGCCCACGCCGGUAAGCUUUGUCAAUGUCUUCCCAGCGGUCGCAAGCGACGAUCCCAGCUGGCCGUUCGUGCUCUACGGCUUGCUUGUAAAGCAUGGGGUGGAUUAUGUCAAUGAUCUCUUCGUUGUCAGCUCGGCGAUCGCCAUGUUCUCUGAGCUCGGGGAUGUGCAGUCAGCUUGGAGGGUGUUUGAGCGUGCUGCCAAGAAAAACACCGAGGUUUGGAACACGAUGAUCACUGGGUAUGUGCAGAAUGGGAAGUUUUCUGAAGCCAUGGAUCUCUUUAACCAGUUACUGGGGUCUAGAGAGGUUCCAUUGGAUGUUGUGACCUUCUUGUCGGCCCUCACGGCUGCAUCACAGUCACAGGAUGGCAAGCUGGGCCAGCAGCUGCAUGGCUACUUGAUUAAAGGAAUGCACGGCACACUGCCUGUGAUACUUGGCAAUGCACUUGUUGUGAUGUACUCAAGAUGCGGCAAUGUUCAAACUGCCUUUGAUCUCUUUGACAGGUUAGCAGAGAAGGACAUUGUUUCUUGGAACACCAUGGUCACUGCUUUUGUGCAGAAUGAUUUUGACUUGGAAGGUCUGUUGCUUGUUUAUCAGAUGCAAAAAUCAGGUUUUGCUGCGGAUUCAGUAACUUUGACUGCAGUGCUGUCUGCUGCAUCAAACACAGGGGACCUUCGGAUUGGAAAACAAGCCCAUGGUUAUCUCAUUAGGCGUGGCAUUGAGGGUGAGGGCUUGGAGAGCUAUCUGAUUGACAUGUAUGCCAAGUCCGGUCGCAUAGAAAUAGCUCAGAGAGUGUUUGGUGACUAUGGGACUGACGAGAGAGAUGAAGUCACUUGGAAUGCCAUGAUAGCAGGAUAUACACAAAGUGGGCAGUCUGAAAAGGCAGUUUUGGUUUUCCGGGCAAUGCUUGAGGCAGGUCUUGAGCCUACUUCAGUGACACUUGCUUCAGUGCUCCCUGCAUGUGAUCCUGUUGGAGGGGGCAUAAGUGCAGGGAAGCAGAUCCAUUGUUUUGCUGUCCGCCGCUGUUUGGACAUCAAUGUCUUCGUAGGAACAGCUCUUGUUGACAUGUACUCAAAGUGUGGCGAGAUUACUUCUGCAGAACAGGUUUUUGGUGGCAUGAUUGAGAAGAGCACCAUCUCCUAUACAACCAUGAUUUCUGGUCUUGGUCAGCAUGGUUUUGGCAGAAGAGCACUGUCCCUUUUCUACUCAAUGAAAGAGAAGGGACUAAAACCUGAUGCUGUGACCUUCUUGGCAGCGAUUUCGGCAUGUAAUUACUCUGGGCUGGUUGAGGAAGGACUUGCUCUGUACCGGUCAAUGGAAACAUUUGGGCUUGCAGCUACUCCUCAGCAUCAUUGCUGCAUUGUAGACAUGUUAGGUAAAGCUGGCAGAGUGGAGGAAGCUUAUGAUUUUGUGGAGGAGCUGGGGGAUCAGAGCAACUUUGUUUCCAUUUGGGGGUCGCUGCUUGCAUCCUGCAAAGCACAGGGCAAGCAGGAGUUGGCAAAAUUGGUGACAGAGAGACUGCUCUGCAUUGAGAAGAAGUAUGGUCAUGCUGGCUACAAUGUUUUGUUGUCACACAUUUUUUCUGCUGAGAGUAACUGGAGUAGUGCUGAUAGCCUGAGAAAGGAGAUGAGGUUAAGAGGUUUGAGGAAAGUGGCAGGUUCUAGUUGGAUUAGAGUUCAGGAUGCAGCAUUGCAAAACUACCCCAAAAAUGGCCAGAUAUACUCCAUGUUGCAGGGGGUUAAUCACAGUAGUGAUGAAAUCAUCUAAGAAGUUUCAGUACCUGUGGGCUGUGGCAGUGGAAAGCUUACUGAUUUGCACAGAUUUGCAAGCUACAAGCUGAUAGCCUGUGGGCUCAGUUAUCUGAUCAUAUUCUGUGACGUGAUCAGCUCAAGCUACAGAUUUGCACUCAGUUAUCUGCAGCAUUAACAUACUGGCAAAAUGAACUCUCAGACUGCGACCAAACGGUGAAUAUGCGCGAUAAGCCAACAAUUCCAGAAAGCAGGAGGUUAAGAUCAUGAUGUCCUGGAUGCAGCCAUGCAGGAUACAUAUAAGUUGGAUGCAGUGAGUAUUUACACGCUACUCAUGCAUAAACAGCAAAGGCAGCACCGCUCGUAGCCUCAUACAGCUUUUAGUCCCAGACACCUGACAAGUAUGGUGAAGUGUACAGCAAUUUGUUCAUGCAAGCUUCUAAAGUUGGGCACAGAUUCCAAAUUUGUUCAUUCUUGUAAUUGCUCAAAUGCCACCAGAUUCCAAUUUUUUGCUUUGCGAUGGGUGUUUGUAUCUCCACAUGACCACAUCUGCAUCCCUUAAACCUGACGAAGGCA